GGAAGGGUCACACAAUGAGCGCAAUGACUGGUAGGUAGGGAAGAAUGGCCAGCAAAGGGACGGAACGGUCCCAGCAGAGGCAAGACGAGACGAGACGAGACAGCCGCUGGCCGCAGCAGCAGCGCCAGUCACAAGCGCCUAAGGCGGCGAACGGGGAGUGGAGAGCACGUGACGGCAGGGAAGCAUGGAAGGGGCACGGGCCAGGCAGCCAGGCAGGCCAGCUUAGCUAAGCAGCCAAUGAGUGGCGCCCAAAUCGGACUGCGGAUCCCAAUUUGGCACUGAAGCAAGAUUGCAGCCAUGAUUGACG